AUGGCCUCGAUACAGGCGAUUGAGCAGACAUCGGUGCACCAAAUUCAGUCGGGUCAAGUCAUCGUAGAUCUCAAUUCCGUCGUCAAGGAACUUGUUGAGAACAGUCUGGAUGCCGGCUCCACGUCGAUAGAAGUCCGCUUUCGCAAUCAUGGUCUCGACGCCAUAGAGGUAAUUGACAACGGCACUGGCAUUGCGCCAGAAGACUUUGAGUCUGUCGGUAUGUCUAACCAAGGAUUCUUGGGUCACCAUACAUCCAAGCUACGUAAUUACGAUGAUUUGGAAAACCUCGACACAUUUGGCUUUCGAGGCGAAGCACUCGCUUCACUUUGCGCCUUGUCCCAACUCUACAUCAUCACUGCUCGCGAGACGGAUCGACCAAGAGGUACUCGUCUAGAAUUUGAGGUCUCUGGUAAACUCAAGGCAUACGCCUGCAUCAGUACUGGCGUUAGGGCAAAAACAUCGUCCUUCUCUACCAAUGGCAGUGCAGCUACCAAGGACAACAUCAUCAAGGUCUUUGGCUCGAAAAGCCUACGGGACCUAGUAGCACUUGAUCUCAAGUUCGAGAUGCAACCUACCACAUCCGCAAUCUCUACCGAUGAUGACGCGUCUCGCGAGGUCAGAGUCGAAGGCCACAUAUCCCGGCCAGUGUUAGGAGAAGGCCGAUCAGCGCCAGACCGACAGAUGUUUUAUGUCAACUCACGACCUUGCGGUCUUCCUCAAGUCGCAAAGGCCUUUAACGAGGUGUACAAAUCCUUCAACAUUUCGCAAUCUCCUUUUGUUUUUGCGAACUUGAUCAUGGACACAAAUUCUUACGAUGUCAACGUCUCCCCUGACAAGCGAACUAUCCUUUUGCAUGAUCAGGGGUUGUUGCUCGAAUCUCUCAAAGAAGCUCUCGUUGAGCUGUUUGAGUCUCAGGAACAGACUGUGCCACAAACGAAAUCUGCUCUCACGCAACCAAAGCUCCCUACAUACAAACCACUCACUGUCACACGAAAACCUGAAACAGAAUCUACCGCUGAAGCUACUCCAGAGCUGCAAUUGCCCCGGACUGAAUCAAAUCAGUCAGAUGAAGAACACCCCGAAGGGGUCAUUCAAACAGGUCCUCCUGAACGAUUGAUCCACAAUUGGGUAGGCAGAGGUGCCCAAGAUCGGGAUGAUGUUCCAAGAAGACCAGACAAACCACCGGUUCAGAAUGCUUUCGAUCGCAUGCGCCCACAACGUACUCCUCAACAAGUGGCUGAGAUCACAAUCGGAGACAAAAUUACACGGACUGUCAUUGGUAAUGGGCCCUAUACUCCAAAAAGGCACAAGAUCCACAUCCCAAAGAAUUCUGUGGCAAAGAAGUUAAGCCAAUUCGCCAUGCCCGGCACCCAGGUGGAGAGUGAAGAUGAAUGUUCUGGAGAGGAGAGUGGGUCUGGUGAAGAGGCAAAACAACAAGAUGCCGAAGAAAGCGAUGAAGAAGCACUGUUUGUGGCUCAAACAGAUGACCGACAAAUUGUUCCUUCAAAAGAGCGGACGCCCGAACUUACCUCUCAAACAUUGGAAGAUUUGCAUACAAGCCCUAUCGAUCAGUUUUUGCGCAGCACAGAGGCAGCCGACGAAGAACUCAGUAGAGCUGGCGAGACUGGAUCCGAGUCUGAUCAAGAUUACCUAGACGAAGAGGAGAGACGGCUGCGAGAAGAUGCCAAAAUUGCUCGAAUGAUUCAAGAAGCAGAAGAUGAGGCCGCUCGCCCAUCGCACGACAACGUCAAACGCGCCACCCAAGCUCUUCGAGCAUCGAAACAUAAAACACUGAAUCUGAGUCAAGCGUGUGAUACCUCGACAGCCUUCAUUGCGGAACAGGCCACUCUCCUUUCAAUGGUUUCAGCGACGUCACAGGAAGCCUCUCGGCUCAAGAAGGCCGUUGCUGAUGACAUAGAGCAAGCGGACGCCGAAGCACGUCUCUCGCUCACAGUGUCAAAGUCUGACUUUGGUCAGAUGGACAUCAUCGGACAAUUCAACCUCGGUUUCAUCCUUGCAGUACGACCUCCUAGCGAAACAGUUACAUCCUCUGACCUAUUCAUCAUUGAUCAGCAUGCUGCUGAUGAGAAGUACAACUUUGAACGCUUUACCGACACCCUGACUCUGGAACCACAGCGCUUAGCACAGCCCAAACAACUAGAGCUUACCGCUAUAGAGGAAGAGAUUGUUCUUGCACACACCAAAGCACUCACUGCGAAUGGUUUCAUCAUUGAGACUGAUACCUCUGGCGCGAGCGACGUAGGAUUGCGUUGCAAGCUGCUUACUCUACCUACAAGUAAAGAUGUCACAUUUGACCUUAGCGACCUGGAAGAACUCCUCCAUCUGCUUUCCGAUCACUCUGGUGGCGUCAUACCCCGCCCAACCAAGGUGAGGAAGAUGCUAGCUAUGAGAGCUUGUCGUUCGAGUAUCAUGGUUGGCAAGUCCCUAAAAGGGAAUCAAAUGCUCAAGGUUGUGAGAAAUCUGGGUGAGAUGGAUAAGCCUUGGAACUGUCCUCAUGGUAGGCCAACCAUGCGACAUCUGGCUGACUUGAGCACCUGGAGCUUCAAUGAUACGGAUGCUGGAGAGACGGACUGGAAAGGCUGGGUAAAUAAGGUAAAAGUGGAGCGAUUGACGAGUGACGAGGAGAACCAAGAGGAAGACGAAGAGAUGGAAGAACACGAGGAGGAAUAA